AUGGAUCCCAUCUCUAUAACUGGGCUGAUCAUAGAAGUUAGCCAUGUGCUGUCUCGUGUGAUCGAUUAUGCCAAAGCCGUGCAGGGCGCCAAGUCCGACAUGCGCAAGCUGAGUGAGGAAUUAUUUGCUCUCAAGGGCAUUCUAGAGCACAUCUCCACUGGUAUAGGUGACAAUACACCGACAUCAGAGAAAGAGACCGAGUCAGAGCAGUCCUCGGGCGAAUUCGACCGCGACGUAAUGUCACGAGUCCUAUUCACGGCGAACGAGUUCCUCCAAACCCUGCUUCAAGAACUGGAAGAGCCUGCGACGAAAUUCAAAAAGUUGAAGCAAAAAUUAGAAUGGCCAUUCACACAAGAUCAAAUCAAUGCGCAUCUCGUGCGACUCGAGAGGGUCAAAUCGUGGUUGAUAUUGGUGAUCACGGCAGAUACCGCGGCGGCAGAGAAAGAUCUCCAUCAAGAGAUAACUAGCUUGACGAGGAACUUGAAGGAAGAUUUGCGCAUUCGAGAGCAGGAAAGAGUGCAACGAGACAAUGAGGCGCUUUUCAAGUGGAUUGCGCCGGUGAGCCCGGCUGAUUCGCACCUUCGAGCAUCUAAUGGACGACGUAUUGGAACGGGGCGAUGGUUCACCAAGUCGCAUUUGAAAGCUUGGCUUCGAAAUCCGUUAGGUGGGAAGAAUAUCCUCUUUCUUGUUGGUAAAUCUGGAACAGGAAAGACGACACUUUUUGCUCAGACUGUUGAUGAGUUGGCUUCGAUGGCUUCGGGCGAUCCCAGUCUAUGCUUUGCCUAUUUCUAUUGCACAAUCAGCAAUACUGCCUCUCAGGCUCCCGUCAACGUCCUAGGCUCCUUGGUUGCACAACUUGCCAGGUCGAACCCGGCGAUACUGGGAAAUAUCCGAUCACUCUAUGAUAAGAUUCCCAAGUCUCAAACCCACAGACUUCCGGUUGAUAUCUCGGCUCUUGAAGACGCAAUCAUCAAACACUCUACUGGAAUGUCCCGAUUUGUCAUUCUCGUUGACGCUCUGAAUGAGAGCUCCGAGACGGAUCGUAUCGAAGAUUCUUUGUUGAAACUGGCGCGGCUGUCUCCGAACAUUCGUAUCCUGGUUACAACAACAUCGACGAGAGCUUCUUCUAAAGAAGCUAACUUUUUGAACAUCAGGGCUGGAACGAUGAAAGAGGACAUCGAGACGUUCAUUCAGUACCGCCUAGAACACGAUAAUGCCUUGCGGAAUUUAACUCCAAAAUUGCAGGCUGAAAUUUCAGAGACCCUGCUCAAAGACGCAGAUGGCUCAUUUCGAUGGGUUCAACUCUCAUUGGACAACCUUUGUGCUCAGAGAACCGCCAAGGCAAUGCGAGCUUCCCUUUCCAAUCUUCCCGGGACUCUUAGGGAGAUGUACGCAAAUACACUGGAACACAUUAACCCGGAAGACAUACCAUUCGUUCGCGAAGCUCUCUUCUGGCUCAGCUUUGCGAAACAGCCCCUGACCCUGAAAAGUUUGAAUGAGGUCGUGGUUCUCGACGAAACCGACACGGUCCUAGACGAGGACAUGUUGCUCGUUCCUCGGGACAUUCUGCUCCACCUUUGUCAAGGGCUUAUCUCCGUAGACCAAGUCGGACACGUCAAUCUCGCUCAUUCAUCCGUCAAGGAAUUUCUGACUUCGGAAUGGAUCCGUACGUCUCGCGUGAGCCAGUUCGCCUUGGACGCUUCGACCGCCGAUGCCACAAUCAUGCGAAAGUGUCUGACAUAUCUUUGCCUGGAUAACUUUAAACACGGAUAUGGUGAGUGGAAAAGGCGAACUAAAGUACGCUCGUUCCUAUUCUACGCAACAUACUUCUGGCCCACCCACAGCACUCAUUGCAAGUUUGGAGAAUCCGAGCGACAAUUGGUCAACAGAUUCUUUGCUACCAAAGAUCUCCCCCGUCGGGGUAAUUACGGUGUCUGGAUGGAAGCUUUGAUUCCUGGGGUGAAUCAUUGCAUCAUUGAAAAUACGGACCCUCUGUACUAUGCCGCCUCGUUUGGCAUGGCCCCCAUUGUCAAGGCUAUUCUGGCGUCCGAUCCCGGUAUAGACGUCAAUGCUCCAGGUGGUCGUGUCGGAGCUACGCCUUUGUUUGCUGCUUGUUGGCGGCAUAACUAUGAGGUAGCGGAGAUUCUGCUCAAGGCUGGUGCCAAUCCAAAGAUUGCUGAUCCUGGCACUGGUGUCAAUGUUCUUGGACUGGCCAGGAUGGUAAAUUUCCACCCCAUUCGAGAUCUUCUACUUCGCUGCAAUGUGGAGUUGAAGUCUUGA